AUGUCGCGAGCUUAUAAUCAUCCUUUUGAAGAUGACGUGCUUAUUUCCAUGGAAACUCUCACUUAUGAUACAGCUGAUGGACCAAAAGAAUGGGAGAAAGUGCCAGACAACAUGCGUAAGAAAUGGAAGGAUGAAGUACUUAAGGAAUCUCCUGAAAAGUCUAGUACGGAUACAUCUGAUACAGAUGAAGAAAGUGAUGCCAGUAUAGUUUCCAUAAGAAGAAAAUUUGAAGAUACUCACUUCCAGAAUCCAUUUGUAGGUGAUGGGAAAAUUCAAGAGACUGUAAAAGUUCAAGUUGAUGUGAUAGUACAAGAGGAUACUAGAAAAAUCCCCAAGUGGAUUACGAUUCUGCCUCAAGGUUCAUCAGAAAGUCGUCAUUUAGCUUUGCCAAUGCAAGAAGCAGUUGGUACAAGCAACAAAGUCGCUGUUUGCAGCAAAAGAGUGGAGUCAUCAGCUCAAUGUUCUUCAUCCAGACCUCUACAGUUGCAACUUUCUGGUGUUCCCAUUUCACCAGAUAAGUUAACUAUACCCAGGCACCGACCUUUUCCAGAACCAAAUGAAACUUGCUGUGAUAGUCUGUUGGAAAACCACCAGUCUGCACAUGAGGAAAGCUCCUGGGGCGAUGCAACUCUUGCAGACUUGUAUCCAGCGAUGGUAGAAGUGCUUAAAAGGUUUAUGACAAAGCAGUCUCGGAGAAAAGCAUCCAUGUUUGGAUACUUACGGCACAAAAGAUGUUGUUCUAGAAGACCAACGCUCAGUGUCACAGUAGACAAAAUAAGAGGGUUCAGGCCUCCUAAACUGAAGCGGGCACUACCCAGCAUAUGCAGCAGUAGAAGUGAAGACAUCCAGAAUCAGACUUUUGGAAAUGAGAACAGAAAACUUUGUGCUGCCAGGUGUUCCAGUAAUAAUUUAUCUGGUCUGGUACCUUCUUCUUACAUUGAUACAAAUGAAAUCAAAGUGGGCUACUCUGACUUAAGUUCAGAACAUCAUUUUGCAUCUGGAAAAGGCCAAAAAGUCUCCGAACAGACUGUUUUUCCUACUGAUAUGACGGGAAUGAGAGAGAGAUUUCUAGCUGAAGAUGAGUUACAGACUACUACAUCACCGAAGAAUUUAAAAGGCAAAGAAAGUGAAAAAUUGGCUUACAAAAGAUCCUUUGAACACCGUUUUAUAACACCUGCUGCCAGUUCGGGGUUAAAAGUGCCGCUUCUGGUUAAUGAGAAUAAAACUCAGAAAACUGGCUUUUCUUGUGGUGGUACCUCAGAGUUGUCAUCUCCUUGCAGUUCCUAUGGCAAUAGGAACACUUUUAAACCUAUCACAAACUGUUCUCUUGCAAGACCAUCAAAUACUUUGCUCAUAAAUCCUGAAAAAACAAUUUUUGAAAGACUAGUUUCUUUCCAGUGCAGGCACUCAUCUUCCUCAUUGUCUGUGAAGCAGAGUCCUUCGUAUAUGCCUCAGAUAUAUGACGAUGCAUUUGAAAAACUGUACCAACUGUGUUCCAAAGAAAUCCAAAAGCCUUUCGUGUUGACAAGACCUCUUUCAAAGUUCCAGAAUCUCGAAGGGGAAAGAAGAUUAGUGAAGAGUAGUUCAAGUGAUUCCAUCAGUAUGAGGAAUUGUGUAGUGAGGCUGUUCCAAAACUUCCUGUGUUUCAAAGAGCUUCAAAUUUAA